UGCAGCAGGUGAAGGAAGAUGGGCAUUUGAGAAUGACCCUCUGAAAGGUUCAUAGGUCCUAGCACCAGGAGCUUGUCACGGAGUGGGGGCUUCAUACUGUUGUGUUGCAGGCCCUGAUUGGGGCUUCUGGAAAGGGGACAACCUCUGGCUUGUCUUCUGGGAAGAACAGUCUCUGGUAAGGAGAGGCUGGAGAGUCCCUAAGACUGGCCCUGACCCUUCUGAGCUGUGUUUCUCCUCUAGGGGCUGAGCUGGAGGAGAGUAGCAAAAACACGAAGAAGUUGGAUGCCAUGACCCUCAUUAAAGAAGGUGGGAGUCGACACACAUUAGGGCUGGGACCCAGGGCAGACAGGACCACGCUCCACUUUUCCACCACACUACAGAAGGAGGUGGCUGCUUGAAGCAGCUGUCGGGGACCCUCAUUUUGAUAGGUCUGAGUCGGCCGGUUGCUCUGGCUCCUGUGACCUGUUGUUGGAGAUCCUAAUCAUAGACAUGUCCAUCUUCGGGCACUGCCCUGCCCAUGACGACUUCUAUUUGGUUGUGUGUAACCACUGCAGCCAAGUGGUGAAACCUCAAGCUUUCCAGAAGCACUGCGAAAGAAGACAUGGGCCCCUCAGCAAGCUUUAUGCCCGGGCCCCACCCCCACCUCCAGCCCCUGCCAGCUCUCAGAAAUGCCAUGUAGUGAAUGGGCAGGGCCCAGCUUGUAGGGCCCCAGCUUCCACAAAAACCUCCUCCCGGGAGAAGGGCCAUGGGUCCCGGAGCCGUGGCCACCAGCCUCCUGAGAAGACCCAGAAAGACAACCUCUGCCUUUUCGUGCCUGUGGUGAACCUGGAGAAGAUGUCCAGUCUCCCGAAGCCCGACGGACACGGAAUCAGGGUGGCCCCACCCUCUGCUUUUCUCAGCCAGCCAGGGGGCCUCACCAAGGACUCCCCUGGAAAACCUCCCAUGGCUCCCCCUUCUAAAGAACCUCCUGGCAGAGAGAGGAUCGAGAUCAUCCCCAGCGAGGGGUCCAGUCACCGGGCUGAAGGCAGCCCUCCUGAAAAGGAGCCCAGUGGGGCCAGGCUGCCCCCCAAAACCCACCGGAAGAUGGCUCGGAAGGAGUGCGACCUCAACAGGCAGUGUGGGGUAAUAAAUCCAGAGACCAAAAAGAUCUGUACCCGCCUGCUGACCUGCAAGAUCCACUCAGUACACCAGCGUCGGGAAGUCCAGGGCCGAGCCAAGGACUUUGACGUGCUGGUGGCAGAGCUGAAGGCCAGCUCCCGCAAAGGGGAGUCUCCCAAGGAGAAGAGCCCAGGGCGCAAGGAGCAAGCUCUCGAGCGCCCCUCCCAGGAGCUCCCUUCCGCAGUCCAGGUUGUGGCAGCAGUGGCUGCUCCCAGCAGCACUUUCUCUGUCCGUGCCAAGCAGACCUACCCAUACUGUGCACUGCCCAGAGGCUACGCCGGACCCCGGGGAGAGCCUGCCUUGCUGAAGGAGACACACGUGCAUCUCUGCCUGUCACACAAGGGGCAGACACGAAACAGGUCCCGGGGCUCCUCUGAGAGUGAAUUGGAUGAUGAAGGCCCCUGUGGUGGUGAUGGGGACCCAGGCCUGUUCCCCUUCCCCAUGCCCCGGGGUGGGGCCCAGGCCUCCAGCGAGGACAGUGAGGAGGAGGGGACAUCUGACGACCUCCACCUCCCCCCUGACUGCCAUUAUGCAACCCGGCCCCCGAGGCCACAGGCGUUCUGCACCUUUGGGAGCCGGCUGGUGAGCCCAGGAUGCUAUGUAUUUAGUCGCCGGCUGGACCGGUUCUGCUCGGCACUCAGCUCCAUGCUGGAACGCCACCUCAGCUCACACAUGUGGAAGAAGAUUCCACCGGCGACCGAACCUCCAUCUCACCUUGUCAACUCCCCCUUAUCUGCUCCCCUGAGCCCAUCCUCUACGGGCAGCUGCCCCCGCCUUCCAGGUCCACCCCCCAGACCUGCCUGCCCAGCCUCCACACCCUCUACCAAGGACAGCCUUGUCCCCAGCUACCCUGCAGGCUCCCCCAGCGUGGCGGCCGCCUGUAGCCAGGCAGAGUGCAUGGGCGGGAGCCAGGCUAUCACCUCACCACUGCCUGCCAACACGCCGUCCCCGUCCUUCAGCAAGCUGCCGCCUUCCAAGGCCAGCAAGUCAUCCAAAGGCAAGGACGGGGUGGAGAUGGAGGCCCCUUCUCGAAAGCGGAAGUUAUCCCCUGGCCCCACCACUUUUAAACGGACCUGCAUCCUGGAGCCCACUGGAAAAGGCAAACCCUCUGGCUGCCGGGGCCUCUCGGCCAAGACUAAAACAGCCCUGACCGUGGGGCUUAAUGGGACAAUGGGGCCAAGAGUGAAGCGGGCAGGGCCCCUGGACUGUCGUGGCUCCCCUCAUCAGCUCCCCACACCAGUCAAGGCUUCUCAGCUGGAGAACCGGGGAGCAGCCGGACACCCAGGCAAGGCCCUGUCAACCAACUGCCUCUCUGAGGAGGAGGUGGCCAAGAAGCGGAAAAACCUGGCCACUUACUGCCGGCCGGUGAAGGCCAAGCACUGUCAGGCCGGUGCCCCUGCUGAUGUGGCCUGUUCUGUGCGCCGCAAGAAGCCAGGCCCGGCCCUGGCCUUUGAGGAGAAGUGCUCUACACUGAAGGUACUGGAGCUACCUCUGUUCCCUGAAGGAAAGGGAGUUUGAGUCCUUGGGUCACAGCCUAACAUGCCGAGCAGCAAGUCAAAAGCCCAUUAAUGAGAAAGUGCCUGCCCACUGCAACGGAGCCGCCAGCACCUCCUCCCCUCCAGAUCCGGGCCCCAGGCUGCUGCCGCUUUUUAUAACUUUAUAUUAUUUUUUUUAAGAAAAAAAUCUCUUUAAAAUA